GGGUAACCACUCAGUAGGAGAAGGGGAUGGUAAUGGUUUACUCUCACAGACUGAGCCACUCCUCAAGCAGGCACAAAAGGCAGAGGCUUGUUUGGUUUGCUUGGCAAAGCCUGGAGAUCAAGAUGAUAGAAAAUUCCAAACCCAACAAGGAGGGUCACUCUCCAUGGUUCUCCUUAGCACUUUUGUUGCAGUUUGUGGGUCUUUCGAGUUUGGAUCUUGUGUGGGCUUUACAGCACCUACCCAGAAUGGCAUCAAGGAUGAUCUUGGCCUGACUUUAUCUCAGUUCUCCUUGUUCGGAUCUAUAGUGAAUAUUGGUGCAAUGAUAGGUGCUAUCAGUAGUGGAAAGAUUGCUGAUUUCCUUGGCCGAAAAGCUACCAUGAGAGUGUCAUCAGUGUUGUGCAUUGCAGGAUGGCUUGCCAUUUAUUCCUCCAAGGGUUAUGCACUACUGGAUCUUGGAAGAUUCUGCACUGGCUAUGGAAUUGGAGUGUUUUCCUAUGUGGUACCUGUCUUCAUAGCAGAAAUUGCACCAAAAGAUCUCCGAGGUGGACUAGCGACUGCGAAUCAGCUCAUGAUAGUUCUAGGAGGUUCGGUUGCUUUUGUGAUGGGGACUAUACUGAACUGGAGGACAUUGGCACUGACUGGAAUUAUUCCAUGCAUUGUUCUACUACUGGGUUUGUUUUUUGUUCCUGAGUCUCCAAGAUGGCUAGCUAAGGUUGGCCACCAAAAGAAGUUCGAAGUUGCAUUGCAAAGGCUUCGCGGCAAGGAUGCUGAUAUUUCAAAAGAAGCUUAUGAGAUCCAAGACUCAAUUGAAGCUCUUCAAAAACUCCCAGAAGCUACAAUGCUAGAUUUGUUUCAAAGAAGUUACCUGAGAUCUGUCAUUGUAGGAGUUGGGUUGAUGAUUUUUCAACAAUUUGGAGGAAUCAAUGGAGUUGGAUUUUACUUGACCAAAAUUUUUGCAUCUGCAGGGUUCCCUUCCAAUGUUGGGAUCAUACUUUAUGCUUGUUUACAGGUUCCUGUAACUGCUUUGGGUGCAAUCUUAAUUGAUAAAGCUGGUAGAAGACCUCUUCUUUUGAUUUCUGCGUCAGGGUUGUUCUUAGGCUGUACUCUUACAGGAAUAUCAUUCUACAUGAAGGUCCAUGAAUUAUCACUUCAGUGGGUUCCCCUGUUGGUUCUUACUGGCAUCAUGAUAUAUAUAGGAUCUUUCUCAAUUGGGAUGGGAGCAGUUCCUUGGGUCAUAAUGUCUGAGAUAUUCCCCAUUAAUGUGAAGGGAACUGCUGGAAGUUUGGUUACACUGGUGAACUGGUUUGGCGCUUUUGUGGGUUCCUACACUUUCAAUUAUCUCAUGAGUUGGAGUUCUUAUGGUACUUUUUUCUUCUACUCUGUCGUGUGUGCUCUGGCUGUUCUGUUUGUGGCCAAGGUAGUGCCUGAAACUAAGGGAAGAACAUUGGAAGAAAUUCAAACUUCCAUGAGUACUUCAUAGCAAAAGCAAAAGCAGAAGAGAAGAGAAAAGAAGCUGUUCUUUAGAAGCGUGAUCAUCGUGAUUUAGUAAUCGCCACCCUUUUGUUACUGUAAUUUAUUUUAAUGGAAACGAUGAACAUCUCUCUUUGUUGAUGUUCAAAAUUAUAUCAAGUAAUGGGUUUUGAACUAAUAAUCCAAAAAAAAAAAAAAAAAAAGAAGGUUUUGAACUGGUUUCAGAAUGAGAAGGUAGCUUGAUAGAUAAGUCACGAACAAUACCUUCGCUGGUAAUGCGAUCGCCAUUUCCGACUAGGACGGUUAGGUUUUGGAGCCGCUGCAACUGCGAGGUGUAAAUGUUGAGCAAUACGACUUUGAAUGAAAUUAUGGGUACUUCCAGUAUCGAUCAAAAUCUGAACAGGGAAACCUCCAAUGUUGCCCGUCAA